AUGGGAGGAGGGAAUUCGAAAGAAGAGUGGAGGCAAGAGCCGCCAUCAUCGUCAUCGUCAUGGGCUUCUCAUCAAAGUUAUCCUCAGUAUGGACCUGAUAGCUACAACUAUCCUCCUCCACCCACUUAUGCCCCUGCUCCUGCUCCUGCUCCUGCUCCUGCUCCUGCUCCUCCGGUUUCCACUUCCAGCUAUGGCCAUCAUUCUCAGCCUUAUCCUCCUCCACAGCCUUCACAGAGUCAAGAGGGCUAUGCACAGCCUUAUCAUCAUCCUCCACAGCCUUCACAGAGUCAUGUUAAUGACAGGAAGAAAUUUGAUCGGAGGUAUUCGAGAAUAGCUGAUAACUACUCCUCUUUAGAUCAGGUGUCGGAGGCUCUAGGGCGUGCAGGUCUUGAAUCUUCAAAUCUAAUCGUUGGUAUUGAUUUCACCAAGAGCAAUGAAUGGACAGGUGCCAAGUCCUUCAAUAGGAAAAGCUUGCAUCAUAUAAGCAAUACACCAAACCCUUACGAACAGGCAAUCACUAUCAUUGGAAGAACCUUAGCCACCUUUGACGAGGAUAACUUGAUUCCUUGUUAUGGUUUUGGAGACGCAUCAACUCAUGAUCAAGACGUGUUUAGCUUCUAUCCAGAGGGUAGAUUCUGUAAUGGGUUUGAGGAAGUGCUGGCUCGGUAUAGAGAGAUCGUGCCUCAGCUUAAGCUCGCAGGACCGACCUCAUUUGCACCCAUCAUUGAAAUGGCCAUGUCAGUGGUUGAGAAGAGUAGUGGCCAAUAUCAUGUGUUAGUGAUUAUAGCCGAUGGACAGGUUACAAGAAGUGUCGAUACGGAGAAUGGGCAAUUAAGUCCGCAAGAGCAGAAGACGGUAGAUGCAAUUGUGAAAGCAAGUACGCUUCCAUUGUCAAUAGUAUUAGUAGGGGUUGGGGACGGACCAUGGGACAUGAUGCAGGAGUUUGAUGAUAACAUACCUGCCCGUGCUUUCGAUAACUUCCAAUUUGUGAACUUCACGGAGAUCAUGUCAAAGAACAAAGAGCAGGCUCGGAAGGAGACGGAAUUCGCACUCUCUGCUCUCAUGGAGAUCCCGCCACAGUACAAAGCAACCAUAGAGCAUAACCUUUUAGGGCGAAGAAACGGGAGCAUCCCAGAGAGAAUCCCACUCCCGCCUCCAGUGCAGAGCGGCUCAUCAUUCUUCAACCCGACUAUGGCUUCCCGGAUACCGAGUUUUGAACCGAGUGUGCCUCCUUAUCCCAUCGAAACCAAGCAUGGUGUAGACGAGAACCAGCUAUGUCCGAUAUGUCUGAGCAAUCCCAAGAACAUGGCGUUUGGUUGCGGUCAUCAGACAUGUUGUGAAUGCGGACCAGAUCUUAAGGUCUGUCCUAUUUGUCGUGCGCCCAUCCAGACCAGAAUUAAGCUCUACUAA